CUCCAAUAAUGGUUGAUUUUGAUUUAUUUAUUUAUUUGUCCCAGAGUCAGACAUGUUUACAGUAAUCAAAGCACACAUAGAAAGCUGUUGCAAAUGGAAAAUAUAUCCAUCAGUCAUCUUACAUGGCGUUGCGUCACUUUACAGAAACAGAAAUAGCUCCUGCCUCGUGGAAAUCCAUAACCGCUCAGACAGACUGUGUACAAACCCUCCCACCAUCUUACUGUAAUUCUAACCAGGAAGAUCAACACAUGGCUCCACUGUACAGUUGUUGUGGCUUGUUGUUUUGACUGCAGCCCUCUACCUCUCCGUUUCAUAACUCAUAAUUAUCUCACUUGCCUAUCCAUAUUCGGGCCCUUUGCAUGCAAACACGGGCAGGCAUGGUCCCAUCUUUCCCAACAGGAUGCUUGCUUCAUCCAUAUGCUUCUCAACAAGGAGGCUGAGUGCAUCGGAGAGCCUGACUUAUCAACACCAAGAGGUUCCCGGUGUGAGUUCGGAGUGUAAAAAAAACAGAGUGAGGAAGCUGCUCACUUCUCUGCAGACAGCCAACUGACAGGAAGGAAGGAACAGCUACUACACUGCAACUCGACAAGAACUUUUAUCUUCAAUUCCUCUUCAAAAGCUUUUACACCUUUCGUUCUCGUGGCUGGAUGGAAACAUACACUACAUGCUGGCAAAAAGGGGGAACUAGAGCUUAGCAGUGCCACCCCCCUCCCUCCUCCUCCUCUCCAGUGCACAAUAUCCUCUUUUGGACCCAACCAGCCCCCGUGUUUUGUUAUCUCUUUGGUUUUAGUGUGGCACACACACACACACAGAGGGGAUGACUGUCUGGGCAGAUGGUGCUCAGUGUGAGGACUAGAAGCUGAGACGAGGCGCAGAGGGACAGACUCCUCGUCCGUCAUGGGAUGCUGCAGUGUGACCCAGAGGCAUACUGGAGUGGACGAGGUGGGCCCUGAUGAGAUUGAGCUCCUGGAACUCUCUGGAGACAAUUUAGGGGUGUGGAGUCUGGGAGAGACCAGGCUGCAGCUGUCAGUGAGAAACAGCAGAGAUGAGCAGGAGCCACUGCCACAACCACCACCGCCACCACAGCGCUACCCUUCAGUGCGACACCUGGAACAAGAGGUGGUGCUGUGGGGCAGGAGCAGAGAUGAGCUGCACCACAGGAUUUACUCCCACCAGCCAAUCAGGGAGUGGGAAGGCCAACCUGCCCACAUGUAUGGAGAGAUCAUCCACUCCUCCCUGGUGUCUCUCUACAACAGCUACACACAGGAAACCAGUGAACACUUCCUGGUGUUGUUUUCUUUCCACCUGCUGAUUCUUUCCCUCGACUACUCUCGACAAGACUUCAUUUAUGAGGGCAUCCUUCCCCUUUCUGGACUUUCCUUACAAGCUGUCUCCCUGGACCCUGACACGUCACAUUCACCACACAUGUUUGAGAUCAGCAGUCCAAUGAUGGACUCUAAGGUCUUCAUAUGCGCCAACGUUGCAGAGCUACAGAAAUGGAUGCACCACAUAGAAGACAGGAGAUACAAGUCGAUGGCACAACCCAUGAGCCCCUCCCACUGCGCCCUCUCCUAUCUUUUACCCUGCGAUGAGAACUGGAAAAGAGAAGAACUAAAAAACUACCUACUACAAGCUCCCAUAUGGCAGUGGGAGGGCUCGCCGAUACAGCAUAUGGGUCAGCCUGGAUACAUAUCUGUUGUCCAUAUCAUCAACCCACAUAGACAGGGACUCCAAGAAAGACUGAUGGUUCUCUUCCCUCAAGACGUCCUGCUGCUGUCAGUUGACAACAAGCGUCUGAAUAUAACAUAUGAGGGCAGGCUGCCCCGACACAGCAUCAGAGCAGUGGAGAGGUCAGCCCUGCCCGGACGGCUGGAGUUUGAACUGAUAGGUGAGCUGGUGGAGCCCCUGCAGGUCUCUUGUUCCUGUCUGGAGGAUUAUCGGAACUGGGUGUUUCAGUUACAACAGCCAGACAGAAACAGCCACGUCACUGUGAGCCGCGCUGCACCUCCAAUCAUGCCAAAGCUGCAGAGGAGCAGGAAGGAGUCCCAGGAACCGAUGAUAACAGCCGACCAGUGUCGCAUCAACGGGCGCAGCUGACUCGUCUGAAUGUAGAAAAGCUUGACUGUAAUUAUAAAUCUGAGAGAAUGUGUAGAUAGCAUGUACAUAUUACUUUAAUGUCCAACUGUGCCACAGAAUGGAGAUAACAGCAGUAAAAUGUUCUCACCCUGUUUUGAUAUAAUUGGGUGAUUUUUUUCACUCUGAGGGACUGAAAAGACACUCAUAGCUCCCUUUCAUGUGAGGAAAAACAGAAACAAGGUUGUGACCCAGUUUGAGGCCAGACCACAGCUGAGGAAAUGUUAGAUGUAGAGACUGUAGAGCUGCUAAGGUUACUGAAGAAAAUGUACAUAUUUAGCUUUGAUGCCUUUACCGUGAAAUACACAAUGUUUGACUUUUCCACAAUAAACUAUUUGAAACCUCCAAAGA